CAUUGGCUAUAUACAAUAGCUACCCUUCACAAGCAAAACAUCCAUAAAAGCAAACAUGGAAGCUCAAACGUUUUACACUGCUCUGUCGUUCAUCGUUCCUGCAGUACUCUUCAUCGUCUACAAUAUUAAUCUAUCAAGCCGCCGCCGGAAUCUGCCGCCAAGCCCACCGGGCUCACUUCCUGUUCUCGGCCACGUCCACCUCCUGAAAGGUCUCAUGCACAGAACACUGCAUGACUUCUCCCAAAAACUCGGACCCAUAUUCUCCCUUCGUUUCGGCCGCCGCCUCGUGGUGGUGGUGUCAUCCUUCUCCUUGGCGGAGGAUUGUUUCACCAAAUAUGAUCUCCUCUUGGCCAACCGCCCCCUCGCCUCCGUCAACCGGCGGUCUCUUGGGUUCAGCCCCACCAGCGUCAUUGGAGCCCCGUACGGGGACCACUGGCGCAACCUGCGCAAACUAUGCGACCUGGAAGUGUUCGCCCCCACCCGGCUCGCAUCGUUUCUGUCUAUCCGGGGGGACGAAGUGGACCGGAUGAUCUCCGAUCUGUGUAAGAUCUCCUCCGCCGGUUUUACGAGGGUGAACUUGGAAACAAAAAUUGUGGAGCUGACGUUUAACAACAUCAUGAGAAUGAUUGCCGGGAAGAGAUACUACGGGGAGGCGUUGACGUUGACCAGUGCCUCGAAUCCAGGGGAGAUUUUCCCUUUUUUACGAUGGAUUGGGUGCAAUGGACUGGAGAAGAAGUUGGCCGUCCAUGAGAAGAAGACGGACAGUUUCAUGCAAGGGCUGCUUGAUGAACACCGGCGAGGGAAGCGGCAGAGCACUAUGGUUGAUCACUUGCUUUCUUUGCAACAAACCAAACCUGAUUACUACACUGAUGAAAUCAUCACUGAGCUCAUAGUUGCCCUGAUAAUCGCGGGCACGGACGCAUCCGUCGUAGCAUCAGAAUGGGCAAUGUCACUCUUACUAAACCACCCGGAAGUACUCAACAAAGCUAGACAAGAACUCGACACUCAAAUAGGCCACGACCGCCUGGUCGAAGAACAAGACUUGCCCAAACUAAAUUACCUACACUGCAUUAUUUUGGAGACGUUAAGGUUGUUCCCUCCCGUCCCGACGCUAGUACCCCAUGUGUCUUCCCAAGACUUUGAACUCGGGGGGUACGACAUCCCAAGGGGGACGAUGAUAAUUGUGAACGCUUGGGCGAUCCACAAGGACCCCAAGAUUUGGGAUGACCCCCUAACUUUCAGGCCCGAAAGAUUUGAAGGAAGACAAGUGGAGACGCACAAGUUAUUGCCGUUUGGAAUGGGUCGGAGGGCGUGUCCUGGAGCCGGACUGGCCCAGAAGUUCGUGGGGUUGGCGUUGGGGUCGUUGAUUCAGUGCUUUGAUUGGGAGAGGACGAGCGUGGAGAAAAUUGACUUAACAGAAGGUACUGGGAUCACUUUACCUAAGGCUAAGACAUUAGAGGCUAUGUGUAAACCUCGGACAGUUAUGGGUAAAGCUCUUGCACAAGUUGUUUCGAGGUCUUAGGCUAUGGUAAUACUAAUACAUAUGGCGUUAUUGGGAAGUGAUGAAGUGAUUGGUUUGCUUUAAUCAUACUUUGUCUUGUUUUUGUUGUUGUGUUGUUACUGCCUAGCUACUGAUCCAAUGUCAUGUGGUCAGAUCACUUAAAAAAGAAUA